UGCCCACGCAACCACGACGGAGCAACGAACAAAGAUGGCCCAAGAACUGUCUGAAAAUGAAAUUGCAGAGUUUCGAGAGAUCUUCAAUCUAGUGGAUCGGGAUCGCGGAGGGUCCAUCACCAAGGCCGAGCUGGGCGAGCUUAUGGACACGUUGGGCAUCAACACGUCACCGGAAGAAAUCGACCUCAUGAUCAACGAGAUUGACCAAGACAGCAACGGCGAAAUCGAUUUUGACGAAUUCGUGGCCGUGAUGAGUCGGAAAGUGAACGCCACGUACAGCGCCGACCAAGUGAAAGCGUCGUUUCGAGUAGAUCCAUGCAGUUACAACCUCAGCCAUGACAUGAUGUCUCGUAGAUGUUUGAGAACCCCACGACUCCCGGGUUCAUCAAAGUAGAUCGAUUACAUCGCGCGCUUACCCUGUACGGCACCGACAAGCUCUCGGCGGAGCAAGCCAGCGAACUCAUUAGCCAGCUGGAGCCAGACUCGAAUGGGUUGAUCAAUUACGAGGAAUAUGUGAACAUGAUGAUGUCGAAAUAAUUCCAUAAUAUUAUUU